GCAAAUAGAAAAUGGCCGCGUGUUCUGGUCCACAGACUUUUCUAACCAGAAUCUUUGAUUUUUAUUCUCUCCCAAUUCAAUUUUUCUAAUAUACUUUUGAUCAGAAAUCCAAUCCAGAAAGUUUCGGGAAAAGAAGAGAGAAAUCGAAGAAUUUUUUCAUGGCCGAUUCCAAAUCGUAUCCUUCAUCGCCAGGGAAAAAUGUGAAGGCGCCAAAUGUGUUUGAGAGGGCAAAGGAAGAGUUUGAGGCAGUUGUUCACAAUGGGAUACACAGGCAUGAGAAUCACAAGGAGACUCAUGAUAUCGAUUCCAACACUCCGAGCGGUGAUGUGAAGGCUCCCAAUGUGUUUGAGAGGGCAAAGGAGGAGUUUGAGGCAGUUUUGCAGAGUGGGAAACACUGGCAUGUGCAUCACAAGGAGACUCAUGGAAUGCGGGAAGAUAUUGAUUGCAACACUCCAACCGGUGACGUGAAGGCUCCCAACGUGUUUGAGAGGGCGAAGGAGGAAAUCGAGGCCAUUGUGGAGGCUAUUCAUCCCAAGAAGGAUCCAAAGAGUCAUGAUUCGCACGCAUAUGGAGAGACGAGGAAUACUCCUACGAAGAGCUCUGCAGAAUCGGAUAAGUCAGAGUUGCAUUCAGAAUGGAAGGACCGAGAGAAGCAGGGAAAAAGUGAUGAUAUUGAUGAUGUUAGAGGUCCAAACGUGUUCGAACGAGCAAAAGAAGAAAUCGAAGCUCUUAUUGAGACCAUCCAUCCAAAGAAGAAUUCAGGUCGCCCCAAGGAAGACACAGAUUGAAAUUCUUUUUUUAUGCUGAGAAACAAACACAAUGGUUGUGGUAUUUCAAAUUUUACAAAAUACCCUAUGAAUGUUGUAUUCUUGUGCAGUUAGAUGAUUUGUGAUAUAUUAGAUGCUUUUGAAGAGCUAGAUGAGGAGGAGUUGGAGUACUUCUCAACAACUUACUCAAUUUGGAGCAAGAUAGAUUUGAUUAGCCAAUCAUUUACAUAAUGUGCAUGGAAAUAUUCUGCAAGCUGCAUUUCUCA